AUGGAGCAGUACCUCGGUGUUCCUUCGCCUCCGACCUCCGUACUCCGGUACACCGCGAGCCAGUCGCACUCAGCGCGUCGUCCCGUGUUGACCGGUUUUAGCACCAUCUGGAUUUAUAUCGUUGGCUGUACUGGUUCCGUUUUCACUAAAGAAGCUACACCUUUUCUAUUCGUCGAGCUGCAAACAUCAUCGUAUAUCAUAAAUUACGAAGUUACGGCGCGUCGGCGAUUCAAACAAAAAGGUUUUGGCCAACAACCUAAACAUUAUAAUUGUUCAUUAAAAUGGGCAACUGUUCAAGGCGAUGUAAUGAUCAGAGAUGAAUCUAAGAACUAG